CGACCCGGGUACACGACCCGUUUCCUGCCUGCGAAACAACGCUGGAGACCCGAUCGAAUAUUCGCCGUCAGGCCAUCUCCGGCCGGGGCACCGGCACCGUUAUGAUCGUCUCCUGGUCACCGACUUGUAUAUGAUCUCCAUUCAUCUGUUCGUGGGGCGAGGAGAGAGAAUCAACGGCCUGACGCUUCCGCAACUCCGGCCGAGCCCAAUGCUGCAUGAGGAUCCCAAAUUAUUAAAUUAUGUGUCGAUUUUCAAAACUAGUCAGCGAGGACGAAAGCUCACCCCUACAACAGUUUGGAUGCAAGUACGGUGCACUGGUAUCGGGACUGAAGCAGACAGAGCUGGGUGUGUGAUUUUCAAUAAUAUAUCUUACCAGAAAUCAGGUUCCAGAGUAAAUGCAGGUACGGUGCACUGGUAUCAGGACUGGAGCGGACGGAGCUGGGUUUGUGAAUCUCAAUAAUAUAUCUUACCAGAAAUCAGGUUCCAGAUUCAAAUCAUCAAGAUUCAAAUCACCACCGCUGCGUCUCAAUCCAGAGAAGAAGAGGAACCAACCGACCGACACACCUCGAGCAACGAACCCCAAGAGGGCCCCACAAUGGACACCGGAGCGGCGGGAGUGGGUCUCGCCGCGUCGUCGUCGUCGUCAGCGGAGGACUCGUCGUCUCGGAGGAUCGCCGCUCGAAGCCGUCCAGGCGUGGAGCUUCGGCGUGUCGCACCGAUACCAGCACCUGCUCGACAAAACGACGCCGCACGUCCUCCACCACCGCUGGCUCGCAACCCUCGGCGUGGCCUUGGUCUACGUCCUCCGCAUCUACUUCGUCCAGGGAUUCUACAUCAUGUCAUACGCCUUGGGGAUCUACCUCCUCAACUUGCUCAUCAGCUUUCUCUCUCCUCAGGUCGACCCGGAGAUCCACGACCUUUCCGACGACCCCAGCCUCCAGACCCGCGGAUCCGACGAGUUCCGCCCCUUCGUUCGACGCCUCCCUGAGUUUAAAUUCUGGCUUUUGAUGAAGCAAUUGUAGAGUCGGAUGCACUGGGCGAGGAGUCAGCACUUUGAUUAUGCAACCACUCCGUGAUGAUCUCACUCACUGGACCUCUGACAUGCAGAUAUAGAAGCACAUUCUCUCACUCUAUUCAAUUUCUUCUGCAAUUUUUAAAGUACGUACAUAGUGUAUUUUAAAUGCGUUGUUGUAGGAGGAUGGUGCUGAUGAGAUUAAAGAAGCACCCAAGCCCUUUAAGGAAGCAAAGGAGUGAUGAGAAUUGUAAUAAC